AAGUGUUUUUUUUUCUUCUUCCCCCGACUGCGUUGAUAACAACGGUUUUCAUGUAUGGAAUAUUUAUGUUAAAUUCAGUUUGUAAGAUUCAAUGUGUAGCUAAAUUGUCCUGAUCCUAAUGUGCUGGUGGAGAAAGUGCACGUCCUCGGACUAGAACUCCAUCCAAGCAUGAAAUGUUGGUGCAGCGCCCUGGCACUUCUCCCGUGGGUGCUGGUGGCCUUAGAUGCCCAGCUAAUCUGCUGGCAGGCGCUCCUUCGGUGCCACGACGAGCCCGAGUGCGAUCUUGCAUACAACCAAUAUUUAGCAGCUUGUGAAGGUAACAUCAGAGGAACGAGGCGGCAAUGUCCGAGCCACUGUAUCAACGCGCUGAUAAGGCUCAAUCACACCCGCAGCGGUCCUGACUUGGAGACCUGCGACUGCGCACAGGACUUGGGUUGCCUCAGCGCCAAGCGAGCCAUAGAGCCGUGCCUCCCCAGGAGACACCCGAGCGAUGCCGGGGGGAUAGGCUGCAUGGAGGCCAGGCAGCGCUGCGAGGAAGACAGCAACUGCCACACCUCCCUCACGGCCUACUUGUCAUACUGCGGACAGCUGUUCAAUGGUAGGAAAUGCUCCUCCAAGUGUAAAGCCACCAUUCAGCAGAUGCUGUUCAUCCCAAAUGGCAUGCUGCUCAACCGCUGUGUUUGCGAUGGGGUAGAGAGGCCUUUCUGUGAAGUGGUCAAGGAGAACAUGAGCAAACUUUGCUCCAUAGGAGACCACAGUGUUAUUUCAGACCAGCCAGAUACUGAUGACAUCUAUGAGGAUGAGGACUAUGACCCUAGAAACGACAGAGAGGAGGUAUACACUGAACAUUCCUCUGCUGCCCACAAGCUUCCCAACUUCAUGGUGCUCCUGAUGCUUCCUCUGGGAUUGAUAUUGUACUGA